AUGCUCUGUCAUAUUUGCAGUACAAUCGACUUCGAUGCACUUUUUCAUGAGGAGAGUGUCAAGCACCAUGGUACCUUGUCGGCUCUGCGAGAAUCGGCAGCGCUAGGCUGUAAGCUCUGCGCAUCUAUUACGAAAGGCAUCGCAGAUAUCACGGCCGAAGGAGAUCCUUUUGCCCCAAUAAUUAUAACGGGUUCUGUAACAAAUGCGGAUUACCUAGGGAAGAAAUUUUUCCUUCUUUUUCGUGUUGAAUCAGACAUAAACAACGGACGUCUUGCCGGCCAUCGCUAUGAUGUAUCCUUGGAUCGGGAAGCACAUGUGGAAACAACAAAGCCGCAUCUAUUAAGCUUUCCAAACAAGAGUCAUCGAUCAGAGGACUGCUAUGUACUUUCUCGAGAAUGGAUUUGCGAUUGUCUGCGAGAUCAUUCCGGGUUGUGUUCGGAUUUCACGGCGACUUCUGCAUUUCCCACUCGGCUCCUGGAUGUAGGAAUCAACGGGAGUUCUACCCUCAGGGUGGUUCACAAGUCCGAGGGCGACAGUGGUCAGUGGGUGGCUUUGAGCCAUACCUGGGGUAGCACACCUCCUUUCACCUCUACCAAGGCGACGAUAUCAAAUAGACAGUUGGGAAUUGAAAUUUCGGCGCUACCUGCAACAUUUCAAGAUGCAGUCUUUGUCACUCGCAAACUUGGAUAUCAGUAUCUGUGGAUUGACUCCUUGUGUAUUUUGCAAGAUUCGGUAGAAGACUGGAAUUCUGAAGCUUUACGAAUGAGCCUAUACUACGGAAACGCAGUGGUAACAAUCGCUGCAUCUUUUGCUAGAAGCCACCAUGACGGUUUUCUUGACAAGAGACAUCUGCCAGAAUUCAGGAUAAAAGUGCCGUUGAAUUCCAACUUAUAUAAGGGGCACAACUAUUUCUACGUCACGGAAGGCGGCGGGCCAAAUACUCUUUCCGAUGAUCUGCACAUUGGCCCAUUGCACACUCGUGCUUGGACUUUGCAAGAAAGGUUGCUUUCCCGGCGGGUCAUUCAUUUUGGAUGGGAUCAAUUGUCUUUCGAGUGCUCGAAAGGUGUAAUCGAAGAGUCAUCAUCUCAUUUAACCGUUGAUCAGGAAUCCCUAUCAGUAUUGGACCUGUAUUCGCGUCCCUUUUUACUGGCAAAUUUUAACGACACAACAGAUUCAACAAAGUUAGUAACCGGAGUAUGGUCCCGUAUUGUACAGGAUUAUUGCUCCAGAUCUCUGAGUGUCCAGAGUGACAUAUUCCCAGCAAUCUCUGGGAUCGCUCGCCGGAUUGCUGAAAAGACUGGAUAUACCUAUAGAGCAGGAAUUUGGCUCGAAGCAGUGGUACCACUUCUUCUCUGGCAGGUUUAUCCAAGCGCACGCUCUUCAAGGCACCGAACUACAAAUUUCCUGGCACCUUCAUGGAGCUGGGCAUCUCUACCCGCCGUUGAGCCGGCCCCGGAUCAUCCUCUCUUCUACAGUAAUCAAAUCUGUUAUUCGCUGUCAAUAUGCUAUGACAGACUUCUUGGACAAGAACCGAAACUUGUUAGCUGUACUACGGAGCUAGCAACUGCAGAUGAGUUUGGAUCGUUGAAGUCUGGAGUAAUUGUGUUGAGAGGUAAGCUUCUUGAUUUUGGUAUUCAAAGUCUGCAACAUUGGUCUCGGUCUGAAAGGCUAUCCUACUAUAACGAGGGACUUGCAGAAAUUGAAUGGGAUGAGCCUAUGCAGGACUACCGAAGUAUGUUCUUUCUAUGUAUGGGCAGAUGGAAGUACGCCACUUCUUGGGCAGACCGUGAUGGCCCAGGUGUUGUCAGGUUUCUAGUGUUACGGCGAGUCGAUAAGAAGGAUGGAAUAUUUAAGAGAGUUGGCGUGGGCUAUUACAGACUUAAAUCAGAGCUUGAUAAAUGCAGCUGGGUUGAGACGACUGUGAGCAUUAUUUGA